AUAAAAUCAUUAAUAUCAGCACGUAUUGAUACUUUAGAACAAUUAAAUGAUCAAUUUAAUGAAUUUGAUCAAACAGUUCGUACAUUAUCUGAUUGGGUUCAAGAACAAACAUCUGAUCUUGAAUUUAUGCGUUCAAGAAAUAUGGAAGUUAGUGUUAAAAAUAAUUUACGAAAAUGCGAUGAAAUUAAAUAUUAA